AUGUUGUCAAGCAUUGCGGCGCUCCCCGUUCUCGUUCCUGUCGCUUUAGCAUGUCUGGGGUACGAGGGAGGAGUUCCUACCCCCACCGCUUAUCAUUCCAAUAGCGCCGUGAUUGAGGUUGCGGCGGGACAAGUCUUCGACGGCGGGUGGGCCAAGUACGACCGUGGCUCUGGCGCCUGUAACGGCCAGUCCGAGGGCGAUUGGAAGGACGCCGUAUUCUACCUCCACUCCGGUGCUACUCUGAAGAACGUCAUCAUCGGCGCCAACCAGGCUGAGGGGGUCCACUGUGACGGUCCAUGCACUUUGCAGUUCGUCUGGUUUGAGGAUGUCUGCGAAGAUGCAAUCACCAUUAAAAACGACAAGGCGGGCCAGGAGACUUGGAUCAUCGGUGGUGGUGCCUAUCACGCCUCGGACAAGAUUGUCCAGCACAACGGUUGUGGUACUGUCAAUAUCAUCAACUUCUAUGCCGAAGACUACGGCAAAGUCUAUCGCUCCUGCGGUAACUGUGACAACCAAUGCAAGCGGAAUGUCUAUGUCGAAGGCACUACCGCGCGUGAUGGCGGCGAAGUAGUCGGCAUCAACCUCAACUACGGCGAUACGGCCACUCUGAAGAAUGUGUGCACCGACGCUGACCAUCCUUGUGUCUUUUAUGAUGGUUGUGCGGGUGACUGCGAGCCAGAGAAGGUCGGAUACUGCUCAAGUUAA